GGUAGCCGGAGCACAUAUACUGUUGCUCUGUCUUCCUCCUACAGAGCUUCAAGUCCCACAGCGGAGACUUCAACUCAAGAAGACAUCUUUCCAUCUCCUCUGUGACUAAAAAAAAAAACGGAAUAUCUCCCACCUCCCAAAGUAUAAAUGUAAAAAAAAAGGGAAGAUAGAUUUAAAAAAAAAAGUAGGAUCAGUCUUCGUCGCGUGGAUGAGUUGUGUGGAUGUUAUUUCCUGGAUUCCCUGCUCUCCCUGCCGGCCCGCAGACCGCAACAGUGUGCGGGAAAAGUAGCUUUGAAUGUUAAACACAUGGCUUCGACGAGAAUAACCCGCUGGAUGCUUGGUGAAGCAUGGUGGUGAAGAUGGUGAGAGUGUGCCUAAUGGGCCCACUGUCAUGGGGCCAAGUCAGAUGGAUGAAUGUGAUGAGAACGGGAGUCCUUCAUCUGUUGCUACUAUCAACCUGCCUUGGCCAGGACACAGAAGAUUGGUACUAUGAGGAAUGUAAACUUUCUCGCUCUGGUCCUCCUGCUACCAUCGUGGCCAUUGAUGAAGAAAGCCCCAAUGGAACACUGCUGGUGGGGAACAUGCAGAUCAAUGGUGUGGCUGAGGGUCCAAAUCGAACCAUUUCUCUGUCUUUAAGGGACAACAACGACUACUGGGUGAUCCUUGAUCCUUCUAAACAGGCUCUCUACCUAAACAGCACUGGACGCGUUCUUGAUAGAGAUCCACCAUCGUACAUCCAGUCCAUCGUGGUUCAGGUUCAGUGUACCAACGAGCUGAUUGGGACGGUGAUUUUACACGAGGUCCGCAUUGUUGUUCGAGACCGAAACGACAAUGCACCACGCUUCCAGCAGCCCAGAUACUAUGUUGCCGUCAGUGAGCUGACUCCGGUCGGAACAACUAUCUUCUCUGGUUUCUCUGGGAAUAACGGUGCAACAGAUAUUGAUGAUGGUCCGAAUGGACAGAUAGAGUACACCAUCCAGUACAACCYUAAAGAUCCGACAGCCAACAAAACCUUUGACAUCCCCCUGACAUUGUUUGGGUCUGUGGUUCUCAGAGAAAGACUAAACUAUGAGGAGAUAACACGGUACCUGGUCAUCAUACAGGCAAAUGACCGAGCCCCCAAUCUGAGUGAUCGGCGAACAGCAACCACAACCCUGACUGUGGAUGUUCUGGAUGGGGAUGACUUGGGUCCCAUGUUUCUGCCGUGCACACUUGUGGGAAAUACCCGUGACUGCAGUCCCAUCACGUAUGUGGCUAAUGUUCUGGAGCUGACAGAGCCAGUAAACCAGUAUCCUAUACAGAAUAUUUCAGCCUGAACAGAACCACAGCAGACCUCCUGCUCUUAAAGCCCAUUGACAGAGAACUCUACCGCAGAUUUGAUCUGGUUAUCAAGGCUGAGCAGGACAAUGGCCACCCCCUGCCAGCUUUUGCCAACCUCCAAAUUGAAGUUCUGGAUGAAAACAACCAGGCACCCUACUUCCUGGAGAUCAGUUACCAUGGAUACAUCAGUGAGGCAUCACCAGUAGGAACCACCAUAUCGACCAACUCCAGCCUGUCUGCACCACUGGCCAUAAUAGCUUUGGACAACGAUGUAGAGGAGAGCCGGGAUCCACAGCUUCAGUUGUCGCUGGAYAGUUAUGCUUCUGUUUUCUCUGUAUCAGCCACUGGAAUAAAACGAUAYCUCACUCUGGGGCAACCUGUAGACAGAGAGACCCAAGACUCCUACACAUUCAAGCUGACAGCAUCAGAUGGCGUCCAGGAGAGCGCUCCUGUGACCGUGACCAUAACCGUUUUAGAUGCUAAUGACAACACUCCAACCUUUUCUAAUGUCUCCUAUAGCAUCAACUUGUUCACUGACAUGGUGCCUGGAGAAGCUGUGUUACAGCUGACAGCAGUGGACAUGGAUUCAGGUGAAAACGGUCGUGUGACCUAUCGCAUCCUGGCUGGUGACCACGGACAGUUCCUGAUAGGAAGCAGCACCGGGCUUAUUACGGUGGCCCCAGGAGUUCAGCUGACUGUUGGACGAAACUACGCUUUGACUGUGGAAGCCAUAGACAAUGGGCCUUUACCUCACAGAAGGUCAUCCAUUACAACAGUCUAUAUUGAAGUUUUGCCCCCAAACAAUCAGAGCCCUCCCCGUUUCGCACGGCAACAGUACAACCUUGAGGUCAGUGAAGCUAUGAGGAUUGGAGCCACGCUGCUCAAUCUGCAGGCAGUGGAUCGUGAGGGGGACCCUAUAAUCUACAAAAUCCAGAGUGGAGACAGAAAUGGAAAUUUUGCACUGCAACAGGAUUUAGGGUAUUUAAUGCUGGACAGUCCUCUGGACAGGGAGACUUUGGAUUAUUACACCUUGGUGGUCACAGCCUCAGAUGGACACCCGAAUGGAACCUCCACUGCCGUUGUGAACAUUGUUGUGACAGAUGUUAAUGACAAUGACCCCGUGUUCAAUUCUUCACUGCCGGUGAACCUCACAGUCAUCGAGGAGCAAGAUCACGCCUACGUUGGACAGGUCAAGGCAACAGAUCCAGAUCUAGGAGCAAGCRGCCAGGUUCAUUAUCGUCUCGUCAACCACCAGACUCUAUUUUCCAUCAAUGCCAGUGGAACCAUAUGGWCUGCAGUGCCUCUGGACAGAGAGGUGAGAGGCCACUAUUUCCUUGUGGUGGAGGCCUCAGAUGGGGCCGACGUGCCCCGGAGAUCCAUACUGACACUGUCUGUCACCGUUUUGGAUGUUGACGAUAACAGCCCAGUUUUCUCCCAGCAGUCUUACAAUGUCAACCUCCCAGAGAACAGCCCGAAGGAUACAGUCAUAUUACAACUAAAGGCAACAGAUGCCGACCUCGGCUCUAACCUCACAUAUCAAAUCAGAGCUGAAAGCUUGAAUCCUGAGAUAUUGCAGCUUUUCCACGUUGACCCAGUGACGGGGAAGCUGUCAGUUCUCAAGGUUCUGGACUAUGAAGCCCUGAAUGACUCAGAGCACACGUACACCUUCACCGUAGAGGCUUCGGACACAAAGGGAAGCAUGCCUCCUGGACUGGCAUCAGUUACUGUCAGAGUAUUGGACAUGAAUGAUUUCACUCCAGUGUUCAGCCAGUCUGUGUACAGAGGCAUGGUUGCCCCAAAUGCCGUCAAGGGAACCAUCGUAACCACAGUGAUGGCUAAUGACUCUGACCCUGCGGGUACCCCAGCAGGGAUCGUUCACUACAAGGUGGACCAGGAGGCAUAUCCAUACUCUGCCAGUAUAUUUGAAGUUGAUGAGAAGAUGGGGCAUGUGGUUACCAGAGUAAACCUGAAUGAGAAACCUAACCUAAAGUUCAGUCUGGUGGUGGUGGCCUAUGAUCACGGUGAGCCUUUGAAGCAGAACACGACWCUGGUUGAAAUCACUGUCCUUCAGCCGUCAGUCAUCCCUGUGUUCACUCAAGAAGARUACAGGUUUCCACCAGUGAGUGAGGAGGCUGCCGUUGGAACCCUGGUGGGAGUCAUCAUGGCAGCAGCUGUCAAUCAAACCAUCGUGUACUCCAUCGUUGAAGGCAAUGAUGGAGAUGUGUUUACAUUAAAUAAAACAACAGGAGAGAUUUCAACGGCCAAACCUCUGGAUUACGAGACUAAUUCCAGUUACGUGCUGAAAGUGGAGGCCGAUUCAAUGAGGGUGGUGUCUUCCAACCUUCGAGCUCCCUCAGAGAGUAACACAGCCAAGGUGGUGAUCGAUGUCCAGGAUGAGAAUGACAACCCGCCUGUWUUCACCAGACCUCUUUAUAUUGGAGGGGUUACAGAAGAUGCGAAAACUUUCACCCCUAUCUUGCAAGUCCAGGCUCUGGACAAAGACACCGGUAACUACAGUGCCAUGAUGUACCAGCUGAUCCUCCCGCCUCCUGCUGGCAAACAAGUCAACAAAGAUGGCUUCGUCAUCGAGCCGUACAGCGGCGUGGUGAAGACCGCCAUCAUGUACCGCAACAUGAGGAGGUCAUAUUUCAAGUUUGACGUGGUUGCCAUAGACAACUAUGGCCAAGGACACAGUAGCAAGGCAGAAAUAGUGGUGUCAGUUGUGAACCAGCUGGACAUGCAGGUGGUCGUGUCGAAUGUUCCCCCAACGUAUGUGGAGAAAAACAAGGACAAGCUCCUCAGCAUUUUGGAGCGCUACGUCCAGGAGCAGGUAGUCGGAGCCAAAGUUGUCGUGGAAGCCAUCGGGCCUCAUCGAACCAUUGACGGAACAGAGCAGGAAGAUUACAGCAAGUCAGACCUCAUGAUUUAUGCCAUCGACCCGCUGACAAACAGAGCUAUUUCCAGACAAGAGCUCUUCAAGUUUAUAGAUGGAAAGCUUUUGGACAUCAACAAAGAGUUCCAGCCUUUUCUCCCUCCCGGUGGACGGAUUUUGGAAAUCACAACCCCCGAGGUGGUGACCAGCGUGAAGAAAGCCAUGCAGAGUGUGGGCUACACAGAGGGGGCCCUCCUGGCUCUGGCAAUUAUCAUCAUCAUCUGCUGUGUUCCUGCCAUACUCAUCGUCAUGAUCACCUACAAACAAUUCAAAGAGCGCCAAGCAGAGUGUGCCAAAACCGCUCGAAUCCAGAUGGCUCUGCCAACAGGCAAACCUGGGGGAGGCACUGCUAACAACCUGUAUGAAGAGCUGGGCGACAACGCCAUGCAAAAGUGAGUAGGAAAAUAAAAAUUGCUUCAUAUCUGUGACUAGUUUAGCAUUAGGCAAGAUUGUAGUUUUGUGGUGAAGUGAUUUUGUGUGCAUGGAAAAUUGAUGAACAAAAUGGAGUUGCAGACAGAGUUUGCAAUCGGUGGAAAACAUUUCAUCCCAGUGGUUUGGUCGCUUGAACAUAGAUGUAGCCAGUCAUGUGUCGUGAGAUAACAAGUGUGCAGAUUUCAUCACAGUCACUGAUAACAUAAUUGGUUUUUUUUAAUUAACAUACUGUCAGCUAAAAAAAUAAAAAAAAU